UGAAAUGCACACAUCGCGUCCACCUCCUCCCGACUUUCUUCACGUCACCCCGCCCGUCUGCCUGUCGGAUCCUCCCUCAAACCCUCACAAUCAUUCCUGAGAGCCACUCCGGGCUGGGAAAACAGAGACGGGGCGAGCCAAACAAUACACGCAGACUCCCCUUACACAUCACCUAGACUACCUGCUCCAGCUCAGCAACGGGGAGGAGGACGCGCAAGUGCGGGAGCGUCCAUGCGUUCCAGCCGAGCCAGGCAGUUAAAGGACAACAACAACAACAACAGCAACACAUCGAAAAGCUGGGAUGAGAGUUUAGCUUAGGAACUCUUUGGCGAAGAGAAGAGUCUAAAGGCUAAGAGGAGACAUGCAUCUCAACAGAGAAGAAGAGAGCAGCAAAGGUUCAGUGUCUCUCAGUGUAUUCCUGGUGUCUUUGGCAUUCCUAGUAUGUGCCCUUUGGCUAGUUGCUCUAUGUGGUGUCUGCACGUGGUGUCAGCGUAAACUGGGGAAACGGAAUAAACCCGGGAUGGAGGCUGCCAACUCUCCAGAGUCUGUGCGAGGUCGAGGGGAAAAUAAAGCCAUCAAUGAGCUAGACAGAGACUUUUGGAAUAACAAUGACAGCAGCAAUGUGCAGCAGAGGUGGAGCUCCUACCCACCGAAGGAGUUUCUCCUAAACAUGUCUCCCUACGCCCCCUACGGAGACCCCCGACUAACACCCAAUGGGGCUGUGGAUAAGUGUGGGCAGGGCAGAGCUGGACCCUCGCCGGGGGCCAGUGACAGCGGGGUUGGCGCAUGCGCUGGGGCUGGGGCAGGGCCCAGUCGCAGUGACAGCAUUCGGAGCAUGGUGACUGGGGGCAGCAAGGCCGGGCGCUGGCAGACGGUCCAGAGCCACAUGCAUGCGGGAGGCCUGCGUUUUAGCAAUUUUGGGGACGCGUCCCUCUCAACUACCUCCACACUGGAGCACAUCCCGUCCUCGGCUGUGGCGCGCCCCCGGCCCCUGGUCCGGCAGCAGAGCCUCCAACAGCCCCUCACACACCAGCCCCCUCCGGGUCCUAACGAUCCCCCUGUCACCUCACAAAGCCUGGGCCAGCUGCACACAGGCCCAGGUGGUGGGGGCCACCGUGGGGGACCACGAGGGGUCCGGGGGAGUACGGCUGGAGCCUCCCGGUACAGAGGGGCAGGGGCGGGACGGUCAAGGUCGAAUCCGGGCAGCUGGGACCACAUGAUGGAACAGAUUCGCCACAGGGGGCUGGACGUCAAGUCGUUCUUCGAGGGAAAGAUGGUCGUUCUGUCUCUGGCAAUCGGACUGGCCGAACAGGAUGACUUCGCCAACCUCCCCGACCUACAGGAAGCACCUGCGAGCAAAGAGAACGAAACCACGCCAGAGAAGCGGACCCCGGGUAACAAAGCAGGCAGCAGUCCCAGAGGUCACACCCCAGAUGAGAGCGGACGCCGCCAGGGGACGGGCCACGACGCCAACUCAUCCGCCCCCGACUUGGCCAACUCGGUCACCAGUGAAAUGCUGAUGUUGUCUCCAGGCUCGGAAGAGGAGGAACACGAGGGUCCAGUGUGUGAGAAGUUGGGUCGCAUCCAGUUCAGCGUGGGCUACAGCUUCCAGGACUCCACCCUCACGGUCAAAAUUCUCAAGGGCCAGGAUUUGCCCGCUAAAGACUUUUCCGGCACAUCUGAUCCCUUUGUCAAACUCUACCUGCUGCCAGACAAGAAGCACAAACUGGAGACCAAAGUGAAGAGGAAGAAUCUGAACCCGCACUGGAAUGAGACCUUUCUGUUUGAAGGGUUCCCCUUUGAGAAGGUGGUCCAGAGAACUCUAUACCUGCAGGUUCUCGAUUAUGACCGCUUCAGCAGGAACGACCCCAUCGGAGAGGUGUCCAUCCCCCUCAACAAACUGGAUCUGGCCAACAUGCAGACUUUCUGGAAGGAGCUGAAGCCAUGCAGCGAUGGCAGCGGGAGCCGAGGGGAUCUGUUGGUGUCUCUGUGCUACAAUCCCACCGCCAACACCAUCACUGUGAGCAUCGUCAAAGCCCGCAACCUUAAAGCCAUGGACAUCGGAGGCACUUCCGACCCCUACGUGAAAGUGUGGUUGAUGCACAAGGACAAGCGUGUGGAGAAGAAGAAGACGGUGGUAAUGAAGCGUUGUCUAAACCCUGUUUUCAAUGAGUCCUUUCCCUUCGACGUGCCUGCCCACGUGCUGAGGGAGACCACCAUAAUUAUCACUGUCAUGGACAAGGACAGGCUCAGUCGCAAUGAUGUCAUUGGAAAGAUUUAUCUCUCCUGGAAGAGUGGCCCCGCGGAGGUAAAACACUGGAAGGACAUGAUGGGUCGCCCUCGCACUGCCGUGGCCCAGUGGCACGCACUCAAGGCCUGAGGGAGCGACCCACACUCCCCCCCCCCUGGGCUGCAGACAGUGUGCGUCACCUCUUUGUUCUCAGGCCUCUUUUACUCCUUAAAUAUCAGCCCUUGUCAAGUUGUGAUAUCUGCUUGACCUCCCUCUCGUUCCUGUGACCUUUACGUGCGUUUGAUGUCCACUCUCUUCCUCCUCGUUAUGGAAGCUCGUUUCCGCCACUGAAAGGAAAGAAAAAUCCCAAUGCUAAGUCAUAAUUAUGAGAUAAAAAGUCAAAAUGAUGAGAUAAAAAGUCAUUAUUAUGAGAUAUUCAAAAUGAUAAGAUAAAAAGUAAAAAUUCCUAAAUAAAACUUUAUAAUUAUGAGGUAAAAAGUCCAUAUUAUGAGAUAAAACGUCGAAAUGAUGAGAUAAAAAGUCAUAAUUAUGAGAUUGAGUCAUAAUUAUGACAUAAAAAGUCGAAAUUACCAAAUAAUUGAGAUAAAAAGUCGACAUUAUGAGAUAAAACAUCAUAAAUAUCAGAUAAAAAGUUGACAUUAUAAGAUAAAGUAAAUUAUUCGCUAAAAAGUUGAAUUUAUGACAUAAAAAGUUGUGCAUGUGCAACCUUCUUCACUGGAGCCUUCCGUCACGUGGCACUCGACCCAUGCACAGUUUGUAUUUCAUAAUUUAGACUUUUUAUCUCAUAAUUUUGAUUUUAUUUAGAUUUUUUAUCUGAUAGGAUUUUUUUCUUUCAUAAUUUUCAGUUUUUAGCUCGUAAUUUCGACUUUUUAAUCUCUUAAUUAUGACUUUUCAUCACAUAAUUGUGAAUUUCUAUUUCAUAAUUUUGAUUUAGCACAUAAUUUCAAUAAAUUCACAUAAUUGUUUUACUUUAUCUCAUAAUUUCAACUUUUUAUCUCGUAAUUAUGACUUUUUAUCUCAGAGUUUUGACUUUUCAUCUCAUAAAGGCCCUGUCACACCUUGACGAUUUAGCCAGCUUACGCCAA